CUCUGAGAACCACCCAGCCGAACAAUAGUCCGCCUUAAACUUUCAAGGCGUCCACGCAAGACCAGGAGGGCGCCAUGGAAACGGCGCCAAACCGACGGCCGCCCUCUCAGCCGCUGAAAAAUACUAAGAGGCGUGGCGGUGCAUCCACCGCGCAAGCGCCUUGAGGCCUAUUCGGCCGUUGUGAGUGGCUGAGGCGGGCCGGCGCGCGGCGGAGAGGUGGCUCGCGCUCUUCUGUUCUCAAUGGCGAGCCCCAGGGAGCGGCUGAGUAGUUCGGUCGAGCGUUGGAGAAGGCGCUACUUGUCGGGGGAGGAUUAUUCCUUGGAUACAGAACAAACCAAAUGUAAAAGUGGAAAAGAUCUCAUAUCUACAGGUAAAUUGGACAGCUCGUUGGAUGAUACAAUUUCAUCUUUACUCAUAAAUUCCUCAUGCUCCAAAUAUACUUACAGUGGUAGAAAGCACAAUAGAAAAUGUUUUUCUGACUCGUCAAUGAAUUUUAAAAACGUGAGUUGGCUCGUUGAAGAGUUGGAUUCCCAAUGCUAUUCAAGCCAAUCUAACAUACAGCCGGAAUUCAUUGGAGAUUCUCUUGGAAGUAAUAAAGUUCAAAGGACGGAUAUAGAUUCUGAAACAGAUGUCACUCUGCCAUCCAGUUUGACGGUGGCCACGUGCCGUGAUUGUGUUGGUAGUGGAGUAGUAAGAGAGACUGGAACCUCAACAUUGAAUGGAGAAAGCCCGAUACCAUCUCACUUGAGUCAAAUUUAUCAUGAAUUGUCAAUCAUACAUCAAAAACUGCAGCAAGAAAAUCUAACUCAGCAAGAAUAUUCUUUAAAACUUGAACAACGAGAACGCUUCUUAGCAGAACGAGAAGCCUUACUUUGUAAACAUGAAGCUGCUUUGACUAAGAUACGAGGUGUUGAGGAGGAAGUUCGUGCAAAACUUCAAAUUAUAAAGGAGCAACAUGAAGCAGAAAUUCAACAGUUGUCUGAAGCCUUGAAAGAAAAAACAAAGGAAAGCAAGAGGCUCAGAUCAUCAUUUGACACAUUAAAAGAACUGAAUGACACUUUAAAAAAACAGUUAAGUGAUGUAAAUGAACAAAACAAGAAGAUAGAAGCCCAAUCUCGCAAAGUACAAGCUCGUUUAGAGAAUUUGCAGAGGAAACAUGAAUUUUUAACAAUACAGAAGUCUAAAGAAGCUUCCCAUACAAUUCAGGCACAUAAACCUAUCAAGCCAGAAAAAGUGACAGGAACAUCAAAAACUUGUAAGGUGCCACUUAAUUUACACAUCUAUGAGCUUUUGACCGUGCUAAUGGACUGGAUCUCGGAUCAGCACCUCAGUAAGCUGAUGCAUGAGGAUGAGAAAAAAAACAUUUGUGGGUCAACAGGCAUACUUUCUUCCAACAGAAGCUACACACAGGAAAAAUGUAUCAAGCUCUUGCCUCUGGUUGCUGAGCAACUUCCGUGGAUGCCCUUUGUGAAUCCUAACUUGCACAUGCAUGUGGUUAAAUUUAUUUACUGGGCUAUCAGGCAAUUAGAUGAUGGGACACAGCAUGCAACAAUGAUAUCAACAAUGAGAAGACUGGGUGAAGACUUGUUUAAAGGAAUUGUACCUAAGGGAAGUCAAUAUAUUACUUCUGAACAUGCUACUGAUCUUAAACCUAAGACAGCAACUUUCUUUAAGAGUGGAAGUUUACCUUUAAGAGUUGUAUCAACUUUAAUCAUAAUCAAAACAGUGACACAAGCAGAUUACAUAGCUCAAGCCUUUGAUACACUUUGCCUGGAUCUGAAGACUGAUGAAGGAAAGGCCUUGUUUCUGGACUAUCAAGCAGUGCCUGUUAUACUGAGUCACAUUAAAAUAUCAAGCAGAGGUCUGCUUUCCAAUGCCAUUGACAGUUUACUGCAGAUGACAACUGAAUCCAGGUUUCUGCACCAGUUCCUAGAAGCUUGCAGCAAUGAGUCCUUCUUCCGUACUUGUUCAGUGCUACUUCGAAACUCUAAAUUAGAUAUACCAGUUCUGGAAAAACUCAGCAUUCUACUGCAAAAGCUCUCAAAAAUUAAGAGUAAUAAGAAGAUGUUUGAACUGUUUACUAUUCACCUGAUGAUUCAAGAACUACAGAGGACAACACAUCCUGAGCAUGCUUUUUUAUGUAUUAAUCUCAACUCCAUUCUCUUUAAUUUGGGCUUGAUAAAAGGCAAUCCUCUUGCAAACAGUCUAAACACAAGUCAGUAACAAGCUGUGUUUUAUUUAAGUUUUUUUCUGCAGGUUGCUCGUACUACAUGAAUUGAUGAUAUGAAAAAAAUGGUUACAUUGAGUGCUCCCAUAGACGUUUUGAUAUGGGAUACUUUGCCAUUUUUUAUUAAACUGAAUAAUGGUCUUUUUAUCUUUUGUGAACAUUAUGUAAUUAUACUGUGGUCUUGAUGCAGAUAAAUAUGCAUUCAGCAUUAUGCAGAGGUUGCUAUCUGCAGCUACUGUACAGAUUGUAAUUGGGCAACAAAAUUCAUUCUUCACUCAUAAAAGUUGGAUCAGUGCUUCCAAAUCUGACCUGGAACUUUACUUGCAAUCCUGAGUGCAGGAGAGUGCAAUUCCCUUUUAUGUAAGGAAUUUCUGAUUCAGUAUGGCAAGCAUUGUGAGAUUUUUGAGCCCGCUGUGCAUGAUUGUGUCUCUCAUAACAUGCACAUGUUGACUGGAAGAGUUCCUCCACCCCAACCUCUACUGAAGACCCAUACCUAUAUCCCUGCUGAAGAACCCAAAAAAGUAAUCAGUAAUGCAGAAGUACCUUCUAAUUUAGAGCUCUAUAAAGUGCAGCUAGGAGGGCAACCAGCACCUUCUGCAUUUUGUCUGGUUGGCUUUGCUCUACAGCUUCCCUUGCAGUUUAACAGCAUCUGCUUCUCUUCUCAGACAUUCCAGAGUUAAUGGCCCUCUAUUGGAUGACAGGAUGGACUGUUGGCAAGCUAGAGGGAAACCAGAUGCUAAAAAGGCACCAUCGUUUUCCUGAUAUUUUUUUCAAAUGAGGGAAAGGGCACAAAAAUCCUGGGCAUGGGUUUCUAGUUGGCUACUGCAGUAGUAAGGGAUGUAUAGUUGGAAGCCUGAUUUCUGCAGUUCAGACUACGAGGGUUUAAACCACCAGUUCAUUUGACAUUUGGGAAUAAUAUACUCAAAGUUUUAUAAAUGAGAUUUCACUUAUAUUAAUGUUUAUACAGAACAUUUUAAAUAUUUAUUAAUGUCUUUUAGAAAUAAUCCUGAUUAUUGAUGCCAAACGAGAACAAUUGUUGGUGAUUUGCCGUCUGUAAUUUCUGGGUACUGUAACGUUCACCAGAGUUGCUGUUUUCUCCUUUUUAAGUGUAUAUGCUAGCUAUCACUGUGCUUUAUGGUUUCAUGGUGAUUUAUAGAAUGUCUCGGUUCUCAUGUUGAAUGCAUUAGAACAUGCAAGUGGUUCAAAUAGGACUGGGAUGACAACAAUCUUUAGCCCGGAGAGCUGGAUCCUCCUACACUACGACAUCUGGCACAUACAUGCCUUGCCCAGGAAGUGUCCAUCUGUUUCCUAAACAUUUCAGUGUAAAAUUAAAAUGAAAUUAAUUACAUUGUU